UGUUCAACCUUGAAUAAAAUAUGUCCAACCUUGAACAAAAUAUAUUCAACCUUGCAUAAAAUAUGUCCAACCUUGAACAAAAUAUAUUCAACCUUGAACAAAAUAUAUUCAAGACUCACGUGACCAUAUUCAAGACUCACGUGACCAUAUUCAAGACGCACGUGACCACAAAAUUGAUGACGUAGAAUCUGUGGUACUUCUGAUGCGUUCUGUUUCACGACAUGAUUGAUUGCCUGUAUAGCCUAAACACUCAAACAUGUCAAAAGACAACGAGAAUCCGAUACAGUGGUGUCGGCCUUAAGAAUGAAAGUUCACAGAAUGUUAACUUGAUGAAGCCACUGUCCAGCCAACCAUGCCAAGAGGAAAUGCUGAUCGCGCUUUGGGUCCGAGGCCAGUUUCUGACUUUUGGUUGGCACUUGUUCGAUUCGUUGCUGAGGCCUAUCCCCAAUCCUCCACACACGACAUCAAUGUUGCAGAACAGUACCGUCGACAGCUUGAAGAACAGAUCAGAACUACAAAUGUUAUUUUCUGGCGUGCAUAUGAUCUCAUGAAUGAGGAACAGGAUUUAGCCAAACAGGCCGAUCUUGCCCAAUUUACCAAACUUGUGUGUGCAGUACUGGCCCAGCUUUUAGCAUUGAGGGAAAAAUUUGAAUUAAAGAUUUAUCAUCUCAUGAGUGAAAUUGGCCCUAGAAACUGUAAUUCAAAUUUUUCCGUCGUCAGUGGGGCUCCAUGUUUAAAUGAUGAAAACCAGUGUGGCAAUCGGCCAAGUGGAUGGCCCAGUAUUCAAAUCAACCCUGUGACUGUACAGUCUUUGAGGGAUGCUGGGUUUAAUUGGAGGUCAAUUGCCAGUAUGAUUGGAGUGAGUGAGAGGACACUGAGGAAUAGACGACAGAGCUAUGAGUUUCUUGAUUGUGAUUUAGAAUAUUCUGAAAUCACUAACAAUGAACUGGAUGAAAUUGUGACUGCAAUAAUGAAAGUGACUACUGUUUGUGGGGAAACAUUAAUGAUGGGUGCUCUUCGAUCACGAGGAUACAAAAUUCAGCGACAGCGAGUCAGGGAUAGUCUUGCUCGAGUGGAUCCUGUUGGUAGAGCACUUCGUCGAAGAUGUGUGAUUUACCGGAGACAUUACAGUGUUCCACAUCCUAAUUACAUAUGGCAUAUCGAUGGCAAUCACAAGCUGAUUGAUCCUUGGGGCUUUGUCAUUCAUGGGGGAAUUGACGGCUUCUCGAGACUCUGCACGUAUCUACGUUGUUCAAACACCAACCGCUCAUCUGUUGUCUUGGAAUGUUUUGCUGAUGCAGUUCAAGCCUAUGGCUGCCCGUCACGUGUACGUACAGAUUAUGGGACUGAAAAUGUGCUUGUUGCACGCUACAUGUUGAGUAACAAAGGACUCUACAGAGGGAGUGUGAUAACCGGAUUGUCCACUCAUAACCAGCGCAUCGAAAGGCUUUGGCGUGAUGUUGGACAGAAUGACAACUCAUUCUUUAUUGAACUAUUUGACAAUAUGGAACAUACAGGUUUGGCAGACAGGUACAACCCAGUACACAUCUCCGCUUUAAGAUACAUUUUUGUGCCGCGCAUAAACAGAGCCCUUGAUGAAUUCCGUAACCAAUGGAAUAAUCAUCCAGUUCGAACAGAGAAGCAUAAUACUCCCAACAUGCUUUUCCUUAGGGGUAUGAUGGUUCAUAAUGAUGCAUUCGAUUUGGACCUCAUCAACACCGUGGACGAAGAUGGUCCUGUGCCAGACAUUCAAACUAACAACAAUGUACAAGUUCCUGAACUGCCAUUUGAUUUAUCCGAAGACACUGUGUUACAACUCCAGACCGAAGUUGAUCCCCUUGCAGAUGAUGGCUACUUUGGUGCAAAUUUGUUCUUGUCCGCUGUGGAGAUUGUUAAUCGUCAAAUCAACAAUCAUGGUUGAUUUGACAGUGUACAUUGUUCUUUUUUAAGGCAAUUGGACAGACAUCAUGUAUUCUUGCCCAAAGAAGAAAUAACAAUAAAGAUGCAUUUGUGAAAAAUAUAUAUUCUUUGUUUUAACUUUAACUUGACUCACUGUGUCCAAAUCAGAGUGAAGCCUCAGACUCAGCUCACCAUGCGAAUUGACUAACAUGGAGGCAUGAAGCAACAGAGAAGAAAGAACACCAAACUGAACAUAAUUUCACCAGCAUUAAAAAAAUAUAAUUUCAAAAAAAAAG